AUGUCGGUUGCGAAUGCCGGCUUAGUUGCUGCCGCAACUGGUCCAGAGCUGGCCGAUGAGGCAGAUCAUAAUGCACAGCUUUCGCCAGAUCCCCAAGAUGAAGAACGUCUCGUGGCCCCUGACCAGUUCGAUCCCAACUACGAAACAUCAAAAUGGGAGCGCUGGGCGUAUUACUGCUAUUACGUGGGGAACAACGGGCUGACCCUCUUCAACUUUGCACCGACGUUGUUCCAAGACCUGUUAUACCAGGCCGCCGGUGACAGUGGCCGACUUCAAUUUCUUGGUGCUUACCGGACCAUCAACAGCAUUGUACUGCUUACCAAUGGCAUUUCCUUUGCAAUUCAGGUUGUUCUGUUCCUCCUCUUGGGCAGCAUGGCAGACUAUGGCAGGUGGCGGCCAUGGAUCCUGGUUUUCUGGACCAUUGUAGCCUUCGGACUGGGCUUCGGGUGGCUUGGAGUUCAUACUCAAGAGAAAUGGCCCGUGGCCACGGGUAUGUACGCAACAGGAUUGAUUGCGUACCAGAUGUGCAUAACUUUCUGGACCGCCGCCUUUCCCGGAUUGGCGAGGAACAUGCCCGAGAUGCGACAGAAGGCCGACGAGUACGAAAAGCGAGAGAUCACUCGAGAUGACUACGAUUUCGCCGACAUGAUGGAGCGCAACAGAAUUUAUAACGUCGCAUUUAUUAUGCAGAGUGGAGGCGAGAUUAUCAUCCUUGCAAUCCUUGUCGGCAUUUUGUUUGCGCUGAAUGUCAAUGCAAGUGCCGCCAACAAUCUCUGGGGCCUAUCUGUUCUAAUCGCCUACGCCACGGGCGUGUGGGUGCUGCUCGCCAUUCCUUGGUUCAUGAUCGAGAAGAAGCGACCAGGGCAAUCCUUGCCAGCUGGAACGAACAUCAUCAGCGUGGGCUUUUGGAAUAUUUACCGUGCCAUAACACAGAUCUGGGAAUUGAAGCAGAGUCUGUUAUACCUUGUUGGGUACUUCUUACUCGGCGAUUCUCUUAACACGACCGUCACCGUGAUCGCAACUCUGCAGAACUCGGUGGUUUCUUACAACACCUUGACACUGACUUAUCUACUCAUUGUGGGUAUUGCAGCUCAGGGUGUGGGAAUCUUUGCGUACUGGUUCAUUCAGAAACGAUACGGGUUCAGCACCAAAACCAUGUUCGAUGCCGUAAUGAUCGGCAUACUUGUCCUCGACGCCUGGGGGCUUAUUGGAAUCUGGACCCAGCGGUUUGGUUUCCAUCGGGAGUUCGAGUUUUGGCUCUACCAGACCUUCUACGGCUUGUUUGUUUGCCAAUGGUACGCCUACAGCCAGACGAUGAUCAGUGAGGUCACACCUCGCGGAAAAGAGUUCCUAUUUUUCAGUUUAUAUUCAGUUACUGGAAAGGCUUCUGCGUUUGUUGGACCAAUAGUAAGCAGCGCCAUCAUUGAUGCGGAUCCCAAAGGAAACGACAGCCUCCCUUUCUACUUCCUUUUUGGGAUCAGUCUGUUGAGCUUCGGCCUGCUCUUCUUCUUCAUCGAUUUGAAGAAGAGUCGCCGGGAACAGGAACGAUUUCUGGCGAAGGAAAAGGCUGCAAAGGAAAGACGUGCGAGUAUUAUCAGUUCAAGGCGGUCAUUUGGCGAUGGCACCACGAAUGAGACGUCACCAGGCCGGGAAGUUCACAAAGUCAAGACCGGAGAGUGA